AAAAACUUGACACAUCGAGCACUUAAUCAUCAAAAUUUACAGUUCCAUAAAGAAGAAUAGAAUAGAAAAUUUACAGUUUUUUUUAUACCGGGUACAAAAAUAAACAUGGAAUGGAUGUCCUAAACAAAAUCAGUAAAGUGAGAGUUAUACCACACACUGGCUUAAAAAGCCUGGUUUUGGGUGUUACCCAAAUCCGAAACAAAACAAGGCCAGUGAAUUCAGCAUAUAAAAUUCACGGUCCCAGUCCGACGCCCAGCAGUGUACCGAUCUUCGUGCUUCAUGACUGUCUCGGGUCCAAAAAGAAUUGGGAGAGCAUAUGUCAGAAGAUGGCCGGUAACACGAAUAUGACAGUCGUCGCUGUGGAUGCUCGAAACCAUGGCGACAGUCCCUAUGACCUCUCACAUGGCUACUAUGACCUAGCUGAAGAUAUGUCCAUCCUCAUAAAGAAGUUCGGUGUCGACAAAUGUAUUUUUGUUGGCCACAGCAUGGGAGGCAGGACGGCCAUGCUGUAUGCUUUGAAUGAGCCAUCUAAGGUAGCAAGUUUGAUCGUAGUAGAUGCCUCGCCGGUAUCCAUGCCAAACGGCCUAGCGGACUUCUAUCCAAAGACUAUCGAUGUUUUGUCCAAAAUCGAAUUUAAAGACAUCGAUUUAAACAAAGCUAAACUAGCUGCUAGAAAUAAAAUCCUUGAAUCUGGAUUGUUCCAAAAUGAGCUGGAUCUACAACUUAUACUUAUGAAUAUAAGUCAAUUGAAAGAUGCAAAAUUGGGAUUUAAAUACAAUCUUGAAGCUUUGAAGAAUAAUAUAUCUAAAAUCGUGUCUUUCCCAACGGUGCCUGACAAACAAUAUUUUGGACCUACGCUAUUCCUGGGCGGCCAGCUCUCAUACGCACUCCCACCGGACGACAUGGCUGGGAUCCACCAGCUAUUUCCGAAUGCACAUCUGUUCUACAUCCAGGGCGCUGGACAUAACGUGCAUGCGCAUAACCCCAACGCAUUCUAUGACACAGUCAUGCAAUUCUUGUACUACAACGCAUUGAUGCAAACUGCCUAGCAUGUGCCACGUCUGAAAAGUUUCAAUGUUCCAAAGAAUUGUCCAAGUAUUUACAUAUUUAAGAAAAAUAUAAUUUAACAACGUUGUAAGUACCAUGAAUCUGACAGGCAAAAUAAGUAACGCAUUCAAAAUAAUAGUUUGUCAUUUUAGCAUAGACAAAGCAGAUAGUUGAAAUGUAAAUAAAUAAAUACGAGUGCGUCCAAAAUAAGCUUGCUGGAUAUUUUGUGCACUGGAAUUUGGAUUUAUAUUAAAGUUCUAACGUUGUCAA